AUGACACAAAGCUCCAAAUCUGAGGAGGUUCCUACAGCGAACACAGUUGUGCCUGGUUUUGUCCUUGCCACGCCACAAGCUACUGUACCAGAGGGUCAGAUGUCUAUCGCCGGGACAGAGAUUCCAUCCAGUUUUCUCCCACAUGGGGCACCACGCGAUGCGGUUCCGCCCACUCCAUUCGUUCUGGAGCAAAGCGUGGGCCUCGGAGAGUCACGUAAAGUCAAGAGCAUGCCAAAUCUGAUCCCCCAGGAGCAGCAAGCUUCCAUCAGCAGCCAUCCUAGUGAUGCGAUCGAGUCAGCCUGUGAAACCGAGUAUAUUGACGAAACCGCAAUUGGUGAUGAGGCUGCAGUUGAUGAUGAGGAUGGGGUUUACUCCUCUGACUGGGAGGAUUCAGAUAGUGGCAGCGUUAGUGAGCACUUCCAGCGAGUUAACUCCGUGGUCUUCGCUUCCGCCUCUGGGAAAUCUCUCAUCACCCUAAUGCUCAACGCCAAUGACCUCAGCAACCAUGCCUCCCAAUCUACUUCAGCUAUCCCGCAGUCGCGCAAACCUAAUGGCCCUUCCUCUGCUGUCUCUCCCAAUGGCUCCGAUGAUGGUCCCCUUGUGAUGAGGGAUAACCGCCAGGCUCCUUCAACGCCGAAUCGGGAGAUUCCUCAACCAACAGCCCAGCCCAUUCCCACUACGGCUCAUGAUCACGGCCAGGCAGCUCUCUCUCCUCGUACAACUCGUCGCAACAUGCUCGCCACGGAACUAUCCGAGUCUCUUCGCCGCCAUCUCCUCUGGGAGCGGUCACAGAAAUCCUCAACUACUAAUGCUGUUCUGACGCGACGGCAUACAUCACAUGACAUACUUAAUCUUAGGCAAUUCCCGGAGAAGCCGUGCAUGAAGAAGGCUGAAGCUGUUAAUGCUAGCACUUGGAACCAGUAUUUUGUAAAGGAGACUUUUGAUGGCUACCAUUCCAAGGGUUGGUAG